AUGGCUUCGAAUUUCCCAUUGCGCAGGGCUGUGUGCGCCGCCCAAGGGAAAUUUCGCGGCGACUCUCUGCGGGCCUCUACAAGUUUUAUGGACAACCCCACGCCCGACGGCACCAUCAACUUCUUAUCGUUUCACAUAACAAGUGACGGUAUCGAUCUAGUGGAGGCUAGAGCUAGUAAUGCGUCCCGAGAGCACAGCCUGCGACUGCCACUCCAGGGACACCUAAUGCAAUACCUAUCCUUGAAGUAG